CUCGUUCAUUCACUCACCAACCAUCACGCGCACGUGUUGGGUUUCAAUUUUUCUCCGAAUGAUUUCACGGUUAAGCAACGCAAGAAAAGGAACCAAUAGUGUUAUAAAGUGAAAUAGAGCUCACGCGCUUAGUUGGAACGAGAACUGCUGAACGCCAUGUCUGAAGUUGAAGCUUACGACACCUUUGAGAGUGAUAACGCUCAGCCCCAGGUCUUCGAGCAGGCUCCGGUUGUGCAGCCUGCCGAACUUCCGGACAUCAAACUGUUCGGUCGCUGGAGCAGCGAUGAUAUCCACAUUUCGGACAUCUCUGUUUCGGAUUACAUUGCCGUCAAGGAGAAGCACGCUAAGUAUCUGCCUCAUUCCGCCGGCCGUUAUGCUGCCAAGCGUUUCCGCAAGGCUCAGUGCCCGAUUGUGGAACGUCUGACCAAUUCGCUUAUGAUGAAGGGUCGUAACAAUGGCAAGAAGCUGAAGGCUGUUCGCAUUGUGCGCCAUGCCUUCGAGAUAAUGCAUCUGCUGACCGGUGAAAACCCCCUGCAGAUUGUGGUGCAGGCCAUCAUCAAUUCGGGCCCACGUGAAGAUUCCACCCGUAUCGGCCGUGCCGGUACCGUCCGUCGUCAAGCCGUCGAUGUGUCGCCCCUGCGUCGUGUGAACCAGGCUAUCUGGCUUCUGUGCACCGGUGCUCGUGAAGCUGCAUUCCGUAACAUUAAGACCAUUGCCGAAUGCUUGGCUGAUGAGUUGAUCAACGCUGCAAAGGGAUCUUCCAACUCGUAUGCUAUCAAGAAGAAGGAUGAAUUGGAACGUGUUGCCAAGUCCAACCGAUAAGCCGUUUCAGUUUGCGGGCGUGCGCGUGUGGUGUGGCCAAUACCAACCGAGUGGUCGGUACUGUUGCCACCAUUUACUAUUAUUUCCUACCUAGGGCAAACCUUUUUUUCGUUCUUUGGCUGGCUGUGGAAGCCAGUUUCUGUUUGCGCACUACAAGACCAACAUAACUGUAAUUGCCGAUGUCAAAACAACAACAUUGCUGCGCGUUAGAACGUGAAUAAAAAUAUGGCUAUAAAACUUCA